UUUGUUAAAGUAAAUUGGAAAAAGAAUAAACAGCCUUGUGAAAUUUUAUAAUUAGAAAUUCGCUCAACUCGAGAAAAAAUAUUUAGAUAAGGUUUUAGACCAAAUAUAUAUGCUUUCCAUCAUGUUUCAUGUAUCACCAUUAAAUCAAAAAUACUAAAGCUUUAAAGUCCAAGUCAUUGUUAGAGCAGGAUUCCUAGUCCAAAAACUUGUCAACAUGGCCGGUACUGUUUCCCAUCUUCCAGCUGAUGCACUACUUUCAAGGCGUGUCCAGGAAAUGGUUAUCAAUGGUGAAGAACCACCUCAUCUGUAUAUUUGUCGAAACGGUGACCAUGAACCUGAUCAAGAUGUUCCUACUCAGUUAUCUUCAAUUCCCAUCAUUGACCUCAGUCUCAUCUCAUCGUCUUCAUCACAACCAAGCUCUAAACCAGAUCAUGAUGAGCUGCGCAAACUUCACUCAGCACUAAGUUCAUGGGGCUGCUUUCAGGUAAUAGGCCAUGGAAUAUCCAGUUGUUUUCUGGACAGCAUUCGGCGAGUUGCAAAGGAAUUCUUUGAACAACCAAUGGAAGCUAAAAAGAAGAUUGAGAAAGGAGUUUUGGAGGUUCAAGGGUAUGGAGCUGACCCUGUUCCUGAAGAAGGUCAACCCCUUGACUGGUCUGAUCGCCUUGUUCUUGAUUUAUAUCCACAAGAUCAAAGGGUACCCAAGUUUUGGCCUGAAACCCCGACUUCAUUCAGAAAUAUUUUGGAAGAAUACUCAUAUAAGAUAAAGACCUUAACCGAGCAGAUUUCGAAAGCCAUGGCAAAGUCAUUGAAUUUAGAAGAAAAUUGCUUCUUGAAUCAGUUUGGUGAACGAGCUCAACUGCAAGCAAGGUUUAACUACUACUCAUGCUGUGAAAGGCCUGAUCUGGUUCUUGGUCUAAAACCUCAUUCAGACGGAACAGGGUAUACCAUCAUCUUGCAAGAUGAUGUCGAAGGUCUUCAAGUUUCCAAAGAUGGAAAAUGGUUCACCGUUCCUACAAUUUCUGAUGCUUUCCUAGUCCUCAUGGGUGACCAAAUGGAGGAGCCUUUGCAGAUAAUGACAAAUGGAAUGUUCAAGAGCCCGGUGCAUAGGGUAUUGGCCAACUCGAAGAGGGAGAGGAUUUCUCUGGCUAUGUUCUAUACACCUGAAGCCAACAAAGAGAUUGGACCAGAACAAGCGCUGAUCAAUGACAUAAACCCAAAGUUGUUCAGAAACUUCAAGGAUUAUGCUGUUACACACUGGGAAUACUACCAGCGAGGACAGAGAGCACUUCAUGUUGCCAAAGUUUAGAAUUGCUUUUAUAUAUAUGGUUAUUACAAGAUAUAUAUGUAUGUGUGUGUGAGUAAUAUAUCUUUAUUUUUUUCCUUUUUUUUUCCUUUUUUAUUUUUUAUUUUUUAUGUAUGUGUGUGUGUGAAAUAUCUGUUAAUGUUAUGUAUGGUUUUUACAAGAUAUACAUGUGUGUGUGUGUGUGUGUGUGUGUGUGUGUUGUGUGGAUGUAUGCAGGUCCUGUUAUUGUUUUCUAAGACCGUAUUUACUGUCACUGCUUGUGUGGUACAUGUGAACUAGAGUUAGUCCACAGCAUAUCUUGCUGUUUUCUUCCUGUGCAAGUAUUUUUUCUUCAUAACAAUUAAUGUUACGGUUGGUAAAUUUGGAAAA